UGUAAUGCUAAUCCACCGCAAAGGCAGAGAGCGAGAAUGCUGAUCUCCAAACGCUGGAGAUUGCGAUCUAUCAACCCUAAAUUCCAUGGGUUUCUCCCCAAAACUGGAUUUUUACCAGAAACCUCAAGCAAGGGAUUGGGAAUAGUUUCCUGCAGCAGCGGCUACUUCGGCGGAUCCUCCAACAUCCAGCGACUCCUUCAAAUAUGCGCAAGGGAUCGACUGAUCAGAGAAGGCAAGUGUUGUCAUGGUUUAGCACUUCAAUCUGGUUUGCUCGUAGAUGUUCUUACUUGCAACAUUUUGAUCAACUUUUACUCCAAAUGUGGUAUCGUCGAUAUGGCUCGUCAGGUGUUUGAUAGGAUGCCCCAACGAAGUAUGGUCACUUGGAAUACCAUGAUUGCCGCCCAUUCCCAACAGGGAGAGGGCACAGAGGCUCUCAACGUUUUCUUGCAGAUGCGUCGAGAAGGCACGUUGCCGAGUGAGUUCACAUUAUCGAGUGUGAUUUGCGCCUGUGCUGCUAGUUCUGCUAUUGCAGAAAGCCAACAGUUGCAUGCUUUGGCCCUUAAAGUUGCCAUGGAUUCCAAUGUGUAUGUCUGCACUGCAGUGGUUGAUGUCUAUGCUAAGUGCGGGAUGAUCCGUGACGCCCAGUUUGUUUUCAAUGCAAUGACCAACAGAUCAUCUGUCACAUGGAGUUCUAUGGUUGCAGGCUAUGUGCAGAAUAGUCUUUUCGAGGAAGCGAUUUCGUUUUUUGGUUUCUCUGUUAAGAAGGGAGUGCAGUUGACAAAGUUCACACUUUCUGCCGUGCUUUGUGCAUGUGCUAGUCUUGCAGCAAUUACAGAAGGAACACAGCUCCAUGCAAUUGUAGUUAGAGCUGGUUUUGGCUCUAACCUCUUUGUGGCUAGCUCUCUCAUCGAUUUCUACUCAAAAUGUGGUUGCAUAAGCGAUGCCUACUUAGUAUUUGGUCAUAUUGAAGAAAAGAAUAUCAUACUGUGGAAUGCGAUGAUAACAGGAUUUUCCAAACAUGCCCGACCUUGUGAAGCCAUGAUACUGUUUGAGAAAAUGCAGCAACUAGGCCUGCAGCCGAAUGAAGUUACUUAUAUAUCUGUUCUGUCUGCGUGCAGUCACAUGGGUUUAGUCAAAAAUGGCCGUGGCUAUUUUGAUCUUUUGUUGAAAGGUAAUGCAGUUCGACCUAAUGCCCUUCACUAUUCUUGCAUGGUCGAUGUUCUUGGCCGGGCUGGGAAGAUUAAUGAAGCUUGGGAAUUGAUUAGUAGUAUGCCAUUCAGGGCUAUUCCAUCCAUGUGGGGAUCCCUGCUUAAUUCAUGUCGUGUGCAUGGUAAUAUUGAAUUGGGAAGAGUCGCUGCUCAGCAUCUUUUUGAGCUUGAACCUGAUAACGCAGCAAAUCUUGUUUUGCUUUCUAACAUAUAUGCUGCGAACAAACAAUGGGGAGGAGUUUCCACAGCCCGGAAGCUUUUGAAGGAUAGCAGUGCAAAAAAGGAAAUAGGGAAGAGUUGGAUAAAUGCUAAAGGAAAGGUUCACAUAUUCAUCGUUGGGGAGAACCACCAUCCAAGAAUAGCCGAGGUUUAUGCUAAACUCGAGGACCUUAGGAAUGAGAUUGAUCGGCUAGAAUACAAACUUGAGGUUAAAUAUGAUCUUCAUGAUGUUGAGGCAGAUCAAAAGGAGAAGUUAUUAAGAUAUCACAGUGAGAGAUUGGCACUUGGUUUUGGGCUUAUUGAGUUGCCCAGUGGAAUCCCAAUCAGGAUAUACAAGAAUCUUAGAGUUUGUGGCGAUUGUCAUUCGUUUCUUAAAAUAGUUUCAAAGAUCACUGGUAGGGAAAUCAUUGCUCGAGACACGAAUCGGUUUCACCAUUUUAAUGGUGGAAAUUGCUCCUGUGGGGAUUUCUGGUAGAAAAGUCCUGUCUAAAGUUUGUUCUGUAAUCCCCACAGCUUCUAAUAUCUUGAUUCAAACAAGGAUAAGCAUUUGGAUAGCAUCUAUUUAUACACUUCUUUUCACAACGAGAUCAAAAUUGGCCUAGAAUGACAAUUAGUUGCCAAUAAAUAAUACAACCAUUCUUUGGUUGAUCUUGUUCUUGGUUUUUAGAUUAUAGUCAAAGAUGCUGGUUUGGCUGAAAGGACCAAGUAAAACAAUUUGAAGUUUCAUGAGAAAAAAGUUCGAGUGGGAAUACUUGAAGAAGUACUGUAUGGCUAUCCUUAGAUUUCAGAAUUAUAUGCUCAUUAUUAGAAAGCUACUCCAAUCAAGACUUGAAUCUAAGAGAGCAAAGAGGUAACUGAAUUUUCAGGUUGAAAGAUUUAACAUCAGCGCCGUUUAUGCUGUUUCAGCAUAUUUCACGGAGGCAAAUUCAUUUUUGGCACAGCAAGACCUUUGUGAGAUUGAUGCUUGCUUUAUCAUGGAAGACUUGCGGGAACUUUGCAAACUGAGGCAUCACUUACAAUUCUUCGAAUCAACAAAGUAUCAUAGGAUGUGAUUACUUGGAAGGACUAGAAUCAUACGGAAUGGUGUGAAUUAAACAAAUAGAUCUAUAGAAUGUAUGGUGUCAUUCGUCAACCUCAGCAUUGGAGCACCCUGGAAGCUCAUACACCACCGACAAGUAAUUCAGAACUUCAACUCAAAAUAUUGCAACUUGGAGCCAAUGCAGAAAAGAUCUCACUUCAAUACAGAAUUGGAUCAGAUUGAUACAACUGCUUCUAUUGGGAGCUAUCAUAUAUUUUCAUGAGUUUCAGAGUACUGAAUCGAAUCCAGGAUAAGUUAUGGUCUGGCUAAGUAUCAAUCCUUCUCAAUCUCAUGUGGUGCUCUUCGAAAGAGUUUAUUAGAUGCUGAUCCAAGUAAGCGGAAUCUAUCCCUCAAUCGAUCUCCAUUUUGUAACUAAAUGUUGGAAUGAUGCACAUGACAAACAAGGCUUAUUGGCACUUGGAGUUCAAUUGCGAAUUCACAACCAACAACUUCCCUCUCUAUUUGUGUAACAUGUUUCUUCAUCUUCACAAACAGUGUCUAUCGAAACCACACACUUAAAUAGAGUAGACUUUGACGACAAUCUGGCCACUUAGUUGUGUGAACUAAAGAUCCUUUCUUGGCAAUGCAAGUCAUACAAGUCUAUCCAA